AUGUCUGCACUCCAGAGCAAUCUUUUCCUCACCAGCUCAACCAUUCAGCACUCUCUUUUUUUACCCACUCGUUUCUGUCCUUCUCUCUAUUACACACCAGGCCAAAACCAACACGCUCGCUCGUCCCUAUCCGACAUUAUGACGAACUAUACCAUCGGCUCCUUAGCCUGUUCGGCUGAGAGUCUGGUAGCGCCCGAUGUCUAUGGCGCCAAGGUUCUCAACAUGACCGCAUCCAUGGUCACCAACUUCACCACCGUUGCUCCGGGUGAUUUCAACUUCCACCAUGGGACAACCGUAGUUGACAACGUGGAUUUCUGCAACAUCACCGUCUCCUACACGCAUCCCGGCCAAGAUGACACGGUCACUGUUGAGAGCUGGCUUCCUCUCGAGUGGAACGGCCGCCUGCAGGCCGUUGGAGGCGGUGGACUGGUCGCCGGACGCUAUGCGCUCUCCAAUAUCCAAAUGUCCGGUGCCGUCGGCGAAGGGUACGCAACUACCACCACUGACGCUGGGCAGCAGGGGAGGCUUGCCACUGACUGGGGCUCCCUCAGCCCGGGAAACGUCAACCUCUACCUGUUCCAGAACAUGAUGACAACCUCUCUCAACGAACAAGCCAUCAUUGGCAAGAGCCUUGUCAAGAGCUUUUACGGCCGGAAGCCAGACUUCUCCUACUUCAGCGGCUGCUCGCAGGGUGGUCGCCAGGGCCUCAUGCUUGCCCAGCGCUAUCCUGACGCAUACGACGGCAUCGCUUCCUCGGCCCCGGCCAUCAACUGGAAUCAGUUCAUCACGGGCAUUUUCUGGCCGCAGCUUGUUAUGAACAUGAUGGGCGAAUACCCAGCGCCUUGCGAGUUGCAGGAGAUUGCCGAUGCCGCUACAGCCGCGUGCGAUGGACAAGACGGCGUCCUUGACGGCAUAGUAUCUGAUCCUAGCUCAUGCAAGUUCGACCCCUUCCCCCUUGUAGGCACCACCUUCGACUGUGCUGGCACUCAGAUGAAUAUAUCCGAGGCCGCGGCUGUCGUGUCCAAUGCAACUUGGGCGGGUCCCACGUCGGUCAAGGGUGACUUUCUGUGGCACGGUAUAGCGACCGGAGCCAAUAUCACCUCCGUCGAUGGCCUUGGACAAGGUCCCGCUAUCACCGCGUGCUCGGGCAAUGGUACUUGUACUGGAGUCCCAUUCUCUGUCGUCACGGAUUGGGUAUCCGUCUUUGUCGAGCGUAACCUUACUCUGAACUUCACCGCGCUCACGCAUGAGGAAUACGAACGCAUCCUCCACUCGGCCCUCCUUCAAUACUCUCAUAUCAACGGCGACGACAACAACCUGGCACCAUUCUUCCAACGAGGCGGUAAGAUCCUGGGGUACCACGGCACGCUUGACGCCCUCAUCCCUCUCCAGGGCACCUUGGACUACUAUGACUCUGUCGCGGCCGUCGUUCCUGAUAUCCACGACCACUACCGAAUGUUCGAGGCCCCCGGUGUCGGCCACUGUUACGGUGGACACGGAGGACAGCCUCAAACCUCCUUCGAUGCUCUCCGGGCGUGGGUUGAGAACGGAACUGUACCAGAUACCCUGCCGGUCAGCUAUACCGACACGAACGGAACAUUGAACAACAGGUUCAUCUGCCCCUACCCUAAGAAGGUCCGGUAUAAUGGUCAGGGCGAUACCACAAUUGAGACUAGCUAUACCUGUGAGGCCUAG